AUGUCGGAGGCCUCGAUAACGGUGGCAAUAAGAAUACGGCCUACAAUUGGAGACGGGUCUGGUGGGGGAUCUGGGGAAUUCAUCAGGGGACCCGUCAGGGGACCUAUCAAAGGACCCAUGCGGGGACCCAUGGGGGGACAUUCGAGGGAACUCUACAAGGCACCGUACGGGAUUUUAGAGGUUGUGGAUGAUCGGAUCUUGAUAUUCGACCCGAAUAAAGGACGGAAAUUGGCAGCAAUGGCAAGUACAAGAGUAUUUAGCGGUGGUCCAAGGAAGAGGGGACCUUUAGGAAGUCAUGUAGGACUUCACAACAGACGCAACAGAGAGCAUCGCUUUGUGUUCGACAGAACAUUCGAUGAGGGUUCUUCCCAGGAGGAGGUUUAUGACUAUAUGGGGCGACCCCUAUUGGACAAGGUUCUCGAAGGAUACAACGCUACUAUAUUUGCGUAUGGGGCCACCGGAUGUGGAAAGACAUAUACUAUUUCUGGGACGAAGGAGAGUCCAGGAGUCAUUUUCCAAUGCAUGAGAGAAUUGUAUGGUAGAAUCGAGUCUACACGUGAUCAGAACGAUGUUCACGUAACACUUAGUUAUCUGAAGAUAUAUAACGAGACUAUUAGGGAUUUGCUUUGUCCUGACACAGACCCUAGACAGUUGCAAUUGCGUGAGAAGAGCAGAGAACAAAUCAUAGUGACCAACUUAUCUGAGCAUCAUCCUUGUAGCGUUGAACAAGUGAUGAAUCUGAUUAUAGAUGCAAAUAGAAACAGGACGGUGUCUCCUACUGCAGCCAAUGCAGUUUCUUCACGUUCUCAUGCCGUUUUACAGAUAACUUUGGUUCAGAAACCGACUGGAACCAUCGAUUUAAAUGAAAAACAAACAGUUUCGACCCUUUCCUUUAUUGAUCUUGCAGGAUUCGAACGUGCCAGUGCUACCAAAAAUCGCGGUGUAAGACUUCACGAGGGUGCAAACAUUAACAAAUCAUUGCUUGCGUUGGGAAACUGUAUCAACGCACUUUGUGACAGUCGUAGAACUGGUCAUAUCCCUUAUAGAGACUCAAAGUUGACCAGACUACUUAAGUUUUCAUUAAAUGGUAAUUGUAAGACGGCAAUGAUAGUAUGCGUAUCACCAUGUCUGAGUCAUUACGAUGAGACUUUGAAUGCAUUGAAGUAUGCAAAUCAAGCCAAAAAUAUUAGAACCAAGGCAUUGAGGAAUUACAGAAACGUGAGUAAGCAUGUUGGAUCAUAUUUGAAGAUUAUCAACGAGCAGAAGCUAGAAAUUGAGCAUUUAAACGUUAAUAAAGAUCAGCUGGUUGAGCUGGGAAUCAAGAAGUAUGAAAUGAUCCGGAUCAAAUGCGAAGAUGAAGUUAUCAACAGUAUAAAGAAGCUGGAGAAGUCGGUAGAAAAAAGCUACGAGGUUAAGAUGAACAAGGCUAAGAUAUUGGCCAAGCGCAGAUUCAUAAUGGUGCAAAAGAUGAACGUUGGCCAAUUUCUAAAGUCUUUCAAUGAGUUAGCCAGUGCCUCACUUCGAUACGAUGAUUAUUGCAGACAGCUUGUUGGAUAUGCGCAGGAUUUGGAUUUAGGUUUGGCCGCUCAAAUAAGAGCAUUGGAUUCGGAAUACAGUAUGCAGUCCGAGCUCGAUUUCAUUCUCAAGGAUACUUCUGGUGUUGUCCUUGAGAAAUUGAAGGAUCUAGAGGGUUGGAAACAGAGAGACGAGACGUUGUAUAGAAGUCUAGUUCAGCGAAUCAGCGAAUCCGUCGAGAGAUCGAUUUUGUACGAGUCGUCGAUGAUUUUUGAUGAGUCCAUUUCACAAGUGGGUCCGUUUGACUUUGUAUUUGAUUCAUUUGUUAAAGCAUUGAACAACCUAAAGAAGCUGAAUGCCGAUGACUCAAUUACGUUGUAUUCUCGAAUCAUCACUAGCUGCAGAGUCUCAAUACAGGAUAUGCUUGAGAACGGAUUUGGCCUUAUCAAAUCGUCGCACGGACUUACUCCCAAGGCUUCACAAUACGCAUUUGUGUCUCCAACACGUGGGAAAGCAUCCUUGAGAUCGAAACUGCCGCCUCCAAAAUUAACACCCACAAAAAGAGAUCCUACAUCACCCAUGAAGAGCCCCUAUAAUAAAAAAAUUGAUACAAGAAAGGUCAAAUGGGAAGUGGAGACCUCUCCUGAAGUCCCUAUAAUGUCUUCGCUUCCUCUUCCUAGUAGACUUACUUCUAGAUCGCUUACUGCUACAACCAAGAUAACAAGUCCCGGUAGACUGACUGGACUUGGAGUUUCUACAUUCGAUUCAGAGGAUCUCUCAAAAGGUGGCAAGAUGCUGCUGCCAUUCCUCAUGACAGAGCCUGAUUCCAGCUUUAAGGAAGAUAGUCGAAUGGAUAUAGAUAGCUAG